AUGAUUAAUCAGACGUUAGCGAGGAGCGUUGGAACGAAAUUAAAGUUACCUGUCAUUCAUGUUUACUACAAAACCCUAUCGACUAUAAGCAGGAAUACGUCGUUGUGCGUUUACCAACCGAUAUUGACUAAUACAAAUCUAGCACGAUGUUGUUCGGUGAGCAGCAAGGUCCUCAUUACCAAACAGACCAAACCUGUGGACCAACCAAAGAACACGGUCAUCAGCACGAUUAAACCAUACUUAGAACUUAUGCGAUUCUCUAGACCCACUGGAUGGUUGCUUUUAUAUUGGCCAUGCACUUGGAGUAUUGCUUUAGCUUCAACUGCAGGCGAACUUCCCGACUUUCAAAUGCUCGGUUUGUUUGGUCUGGGAGCAGUCAUGAUGCGAGGGGCUGGCUGUACAAUAAAUGAUAUGUGGGACAAAGAUAUUGAUAAAAAAGUUGAAAGAACAAAAAAUCGACCUCUUGUGAUUAAAUCGUUAAGCAUGUUUGAUGCAUGGGUGUUCCUUGCUGGUCAGUUGGGUCUCAGUCUUAUCGUUUUGUUGCAGUUAAAUUUGUAUACUAUUGUGGUUGGCGCUAGUUCAUUAGUAUUAGUUACAUUAUAUCCACUUAUGAAACGGAUAACAUAUUGGCCACAAUUUGUAUUGGGCCUAACUUUUAACUGGGGUGCUUUAUUAGGCUGGGCUGCUAUUCACUCUUCAAUUGACUUCACCGCCUGUCUUCCUUUGUAUGCAGCUGGUGUUGCGUGGACACUUUUCUAUGAUACCAUUUAUGGUCUUCAAGACAGAAAAGACGACAACAAGCAUGAUAUUUACUCCACCGCAGUCUUGUUUGGUUCAAAAUCAAAAUUUUGGUUGUCAUCUUUUGCAACCAUGUCAUUGAGUAGUCUAAUCACUUGUGGUGUUAAUACUGGACAAACAUGGCCCUAUUAUUUAGCAGUUGGUGCUGCAGGCGCUCAUAUGUUUAAUCAAGUACGCACGUUGGAUAUAUACAACCCUAAAGAUUGCGGGAAUAAAUUUGUGUCCAAUAACCAUAUUGGUUGGAUCAUGUUUUUGGGGAUAGCAUUAAGUACUUUAUUACAAACAUCUGAUGAAAGUGAUAACGAAAAUAUGAAUUUAAUACCCAACUAA